AUGGUCCCAAAGGAAGCCCACCAGUACAUUGGGGUAGUCCGGCUCCUUCACCAUUUCAGAUGGACAUGGAUUGGGCUCUUUGCUGUGGAUGAUGACAAUGGGGACAGGUUUUUGCACACAGUGGUUCCAUUGCUUGAUCAGAAUGGCAUCUGCUAUGCCUUCAUACUACGGACAGCAAAGAGGACAUUUAUGGAAGAGCUGAUAAACAUGCUCCAUCGUUUUAUAAGGAAGAUCGUGUUCAACAACAGUGUUGGAGAGAGCAUACAUUUUGAUAAGCAUAGAGAACUACUUGCAGAUUUUGAUGUCACAAACUGGGUCACCUUCUCCAACGGUUCUUUUGUUAGGCUCAAAGUUGGAAGACUGGACCCACUGGCUCCACAGGGGAAAGAGUUAACCAUUAAUGAGGACCAAAUAGUGUGGCAUAGAAGCUUUAACCAGGUUGUGCCUCUUUCUGUGUGCAAUGACAACUGCUAUCCUGGUUACAGCAGGAAAAAGAAGGAGGGAGAGAAAUUCUGCUGCUAUGAUUGUGCUCUAUGUCCAGAAGGGAUGGUCUCCAUGCAGAUGGACAUGGAUGCCUGUAUCAAAUGUAAAGAAGAUCAGUAUCCAAACUACAAGCAAAAUCAUUGCAUUCCCAAGUUUUACACAUACCUCUCCUACAAAGAUCCUUUAGGAAUCACCCUGACUCUGCUGGCUUUUUCUUUCUCUUCGAUCACAACUUUAGUACUUGGAACUUUCAUGAAGUACAAGGACACGCCGAUAGUAAAAGCCAACAACUGGACCCUCACCUACGUUCUCCUCAUUUCCCUCCUGCUUUGCUUCCUCUGCUCCUUCCUCUUCAUUGGGCAGCCUGGAAAGGCAACCUGCCUUCUCCGACAAAUGGCUUUUGGCAUGAUCUUCUCUCUGUCCCUUUCCUCUGUUUUGGCAAAAACCAUCACGGUGGUUCUGGCAUUCAUGGCCACAAAACCAGGAUCCAGAAUGAGACAAUGGGUGGGGAAAGGACUGGCCAAUUCCAUUGUCCUUUCUGGCUCAUUUAUUCAAGCAGUCAUUUGCAUGGUUUGGCUGAUUACUUCUCCCCCAUUCCCAGAUAAGGACAUGAACUCCCUGAAAGAGGAAAUCAUCGUGCAAUGUAAUGAGGGAUCAGCUUCCAUGUUUUACUGCGUCUUGGGAUACAUGGGCUUCCUGGCUAUUGCCAGCUUAACUGUAGCUUACUUUGCCAGGAAGUUGCCUGGCACUUUCAAUGAAGCCAAGUUCAUCACUUUCAGCAUGUUGGUGUUUUGCAGUGUGUGGCUGUCCUUUAUUCCAUCCUACCUGAGCACCAAAGGGAAAUACACGGUGGCUGUGGAGAUCUUCUCCAUCUUAUGCUCCAGUGCUGGAUUGCUGGGUUGCAUUUUUUUCCCUAAUUGCUACAUCAUUAUCCUGAGGCCCGAGCUGAACAAUAAGGAACAUUUAAUAAAGAAAGAAAAGUAAACAAUAUAAGCUGGUCCCUGUAUUCUGCUGUAAUAAAAUUAAAUUGUUCAGGAACAUAAUUACAUCCUUAGACAAGUCAAAUUUCUAAACUUCUUUGAAGGCAUUUUGGUUUAAGUGAUUCAGAAUUAGUUCUGAUGAUG